AUAUAUCCCCACUCCUAAAGUUCCUUUUUCUUGUAACACUUUGAUCAAAGUUGUGGGCCUAUUUUAUACAGCACCAUAUUUUGUCCUUUGAUGAAAAGUACUGUUUGGUACCACAAUUAACAACUUCCCCUCUUCCUCUUCAACAAAAAUAUGUAUCCUACCACAGGACAACGUUAGUGAUGCAGAUGUAGUUCAUUGGUAUUGUUAGAUCUUGUUAUUUUGAUCACCAAAUUCUGUAUAUUAGUCCCUCCGUUGUAACGGAUUAUAAGCGAAUUAAGAUGGAAGCAUCAUCUGGAAAUGAUUCUGAUAUAACUAGUCAGGUUGCUUCUAACAUUGAGUUUUCUCAGUUUAGUCCUGAGCCUGUGUCACUUGACUUGUCUCUCGGGUUUAAUUCUGGUACCGAUGAAUUUGCCAGCCAAGAUUCGAUAGGAUUUUCAGUAUCAAGCACGUGUGAUGAAAGCAGCAAUGAACUUGCAGCAUCACAAACUUCAGGGGAAGCAGUAGUUAGAAGAGUUUUCACUUGCAAUUUCUGCAAGCGUAAAUUCUAUAGUUCACAGGCACUUGGCGGUCACCAGAAUGCUCAUAAACGUGAGAGAACGUUAGCUAAACGAGCUAUGAGAAUGGGAAUCUUUUCGGAAAGGUAUGGUAAUUUGGCUGCUCUGCCUUUGCACGGGUCUACUGCCCGGUCCUUGGGAAUCAAAGCACAUUCUUCAAUGCACCAGGGGUUUCCACAAGCAAUGGGAUCACUUGAUUUCAGGACGAGCGCGAGAUUUGAAUAUGUACACCAUCAGAGUCCGUCUUUAUACGUUGAGGAUAUCGAUGAGGCUGAUCACUUAUUAUGGCCUGGCAGUUUUCGUCAAGUAACUAAUGUUGACAUCUCUCAUCAUCCUACUAUUAGUUUUACUGGAUGUUCGAAUGUGAAUUCUGUAGAGUGGACUCCGUCUGUUGAAAAAGACAAUUCGACACCAGAUCUCACACUGAGGCUUUGAGCAGUAGUACUUGAAUAGCGAGUAGCUUCAAUAUUUGGCUCUCUUACGAAAAUGUGUGCAUUUUGGAAUAUAUAUAUCACUAAACGGACGAUAAGGGCUCGUCAGGUCAGUGUAUUGGGAAUGUUAGUUGAUUGUUGUACAAUAGAUACUUGUAGUAGUCUUUUCCUGGAUCAUGUGCAUAGCGAGAGCUUAGUGCACCAGACUGUCCCUUUUUUGUCAAUUGUUGUACAAUGUGAAUGUAUUGAGUAUGACUUGUAACAAUGGUAUGAUUUUAGUAUUUACUUUAACAAACUUUAUU